GACGUGCCGGCGCCUAUAAGAGCCAGUGCGCUGCGGCCGGAGCCUAUUGUUAGCCGGAGCCGGGGCGGUUCUGGGCGUCUGCUGCCGGGGGCGCCCGAGUUGCCGGAGCCGCCCGGCCCUCUCUGCCUGCCGGCUGGGCUGCCCACCGCCCUCCCUCCCCGCCCUGCCGCCCUGGAAGCUCCCCGGCCGUCGCCGCGGGGCCCGGGACUCGCUCGCUCCUCCCUCCUUCCCACCCGGGCUAGGGCGGCGGCGGCAGCGGGGGCGGCAGAGACCAUCACGGGAGGAGGCAGCUGCGGCGGGGCCGGCCCAAACACGCAGCCAACUGCCACCCUUCCCUUUUAGGGCUGUGGUCUUGAUUCAUCCUUUUAAAGGGGUUGAGAGUGACAGUGUGACACACAAACUGUUCUUCAAAAUGAAAUGCUAGAAGUUAUCCCCACAAGACAACACUGUCCCCUUGUCCUGCAGUUUUCAGUUCAAGAAUCCUAAUGUACCUGGCUAGCUGGUGGUGAGCAGGGGCUUUGGGGCCAACUUGUUGGGCUCCCCAAGGAAACCCCUUUGAAACCAAUGGAUGCAUUCACGGGCUCGGGUCUCAAGAGGAAGUUUGAUGAUGUGGAUGUGGGCUCAUCAGUUUCCAACUCGGAUGAUGAGAUCUCCAGCAGCGAUAGUGCUGACAGCUGCGACAGCCUCAAUCCUCCUACCACUGCCAGCUUCACACCCACAUCCAUCCUGAAGCGGCAGAAGCAGCUGCGGAGGAAGAAUGUACGCUUUGACCAGGUGACUGUAUACUACUUUGCCCGGCGCCAGGGUUUUACCAGUGUGCCCAGCCAGGGUGGUAGCUCACUGGGCAUGGCCCAGCGCCAUAACUCUGUACGGAGCUACACACUCUGUGAGUUUGCCCAAGAACAGGAGGUGAACCAUCGAGAGAUUCUGCGUGAGCACCUGAAGGAAGAGAAACUCCACGCCAAAAAAAUGAAGCUGACCAAGAAUGGGACAGUGGAGUCGGUGGAGGCCGAUGGCCUGACGCUGGAUGAUGUGUCAGAUGAAGAUAUUGAUGUGGAAAAUGUGGAGGUGGACGAUUACUUCUUCCUGCAGCCUCUGCCCACCAAGCGGCGACGGGCCCUGCUGAGGGCUUCUGGGGUCCACCGCAUUGAUGCUGAAGAGAAGCAAGAACUUCGAGCCAUCCGCCUGUCACGGGAAGAAUGUGGUUGUGACUGCCGACUGUAUUGUGACCCAGAAGCGUGUGCCUGCAGCCAGGCUGGGAUUAAAUGCCAGGUGGAUCGCAUGUCCUUUCCAUGUGGCUGCUCCCGGGAUGGCUGUGGGAACAUGGCAGGGCGCAUUGAAUUUAAUCCAAUCCGGGUCCGGACUCAUUACCUCCACACCAUUAUGAAGCUGGAGCUGGAGAGCAAGCGGCAGGUGAGCCGCCCAGCAGCCCCAGAUGAGGAGCCCUCCCCCACUGCCAGUUGCAGCCUGACAGGAGCACAGGGCUCUGAGACCCAGGACUUCCAGGAGUUCAUUGCUGAGAAUGAGACAGCAGUGAUGCACCUGCAGAGUGCAGAGGAACUAGAACGGCUCAAGGCAGAAGAAGAUUCCAGUGGCUCUAGUGCCAGCCUGGACUCGAGCAUUGAGAGCCUGGGUGUGUGCAUCCUGGAGGAACCCCUGGCUGUCCCCGAAGAGCUGUGCCCAGGCCUUACAGCCCCCAUUCUCAUCCAGGCUCAGCUGCCCCCAGGCUCCUCUGUCCUGUGUUUUACCGAGAACUCAGACCACCCAACUGCCUCAGCGGUGAACAGCCCAUCCUACUUGAACAGUGGGCCCCUGGUCUAUUAUCAAGUGGAGCAGAGGCCAGUCUUGGGAGUGAAAGGAGAGCCUGGUACAGAAGAAGGCUCAGCCUCUUUCCCAAAGGAGAAGGAUCUGAAUGUCUUCUCUCUCCCUGUUACCUCACUGGUGGCUUGUAGCUCCACAGACCCAACUGCCCUCUGUAAAUCAGAGGUGGGGAAAACACCCACCCUAGAAGCGCUAUUGCCCGAAGAUUGUAACCCUGAGGAGCCUGAAAAUGAAGACUUCCGCCCUUCCUGGUCCCCCUCAAGCCUCCCCUUCCGCACGGACAAUGAAGAGGGCUGUGGGGUGGUGAAGACCUCCCAGCAGAAUGAGGAUCGGCCCCCUGAAGAUUCUUCCUUAGAACUCCCUCUGGCAGUGUGAUAGGGGCUAGAGGUCCUGCCUCUUACCCAUUCUCUAUUUAUUCCCUUAUUUUAUCUAACACCAUUUCAAAACAAAACUGUAGAAGCAGCUGCUGCUCCCAUGUUAUUUUAUUGGGGUCUUUGGGGAAUGGGUGGGAAAGGAUUGUUUGAGUAUUUUUUAAAAGGGAAACAGUACCAAGGAGACCAGCCCCAGCUUGAUCUGGGGAUCCUGGGGCAGAGAAAGCUGCAUAGUGCUGAACACUGAGCUUUCUGGGCCACUGGAACAAAGAACUAGGAUCUCACAGGAGAAGCUGGGUAACUCAAGCAGCUAGUCUUUCUGUAGGGACCAGAACACAAGAAUUUGAAGAACACGGCAAAGCUCCUUCUCUCCCAAGCCCCAGGCAGAGUACAAGCUCAUUUUUCUCGGUGGCUAUUCUGAUACCCCAUUUUGGUGUGUCAUAAUACUUCAGACUAGAAAGUCACCUGGUCGAGUCGCGGGAGGAGGGAGUGGAAGGGUCUCUGCUUCUGUACAAAAUCUCCAGGAUUUACAAAAAUUUAACCUGCCUUCCUUCAAUCCCCUAUUUGGUAAAUAGGUUAAUAUUUGACAUGUUUGGUGUUCUCCGACCUGUUCCCCACACUGGGGAUUCCUGGUCUGUAACUUGAAUUGUUUCUUCCACAUGUUCUUAAGUACUAGAGUUAAACUUGUCUAUGUCUUUUUUUCCCUCCAUCCUUUUUCCUUUGGAGAAAAAGAGCUGGAUUGGCUGGGGAUGUGCUAUAAAGAGCCUGAGCCUUCUGUACGUAUCUGAUACUAGCACUGUCAGGCAGCUUUCGGCUGGGGCUCACCCAUCCCACAGGAGGCCUAUGUGGAGCAUUAACUGGCCAAAGGAGGCAGUGGGAACAGGCUGCUUGCUAUUUGGAAAGAUGACAUAUUUGUGCUGUGCUUGUUUUUUCACCCAGGUUUUUCCCUCUUUGUGAGAUCUGAGCUUUAGUGGAAUGUAGGAUGUGGCAAUCUUAAGGUCACCAACCAGUUUUUGUUCUUUUUUUUCCUGUAUCUACCCUCAUGGUUGUUUUCAACAUACCAGGUUAGAGAGUUCUUACACUGUUCUAGUUCAAGUCCAAGAAUCGCAAAUGUUUAUUGGACCCUCCAUCUUGAUGAUGUAUAGAAAUUGGAAGCCACGCCAGUUCUUAAAUGCCACAUGCAAUUCCCAGAUUCCAAAGGAUUCAAGUUCUAAUUAUAACCUUUGAAGCAUAUAGAAUGGAACUCAUUCAGUUUGAUUCAGUUCUUACCUCUGAAUCAAAUACAUCAGGGGGAAUACGGUUCCUGUUCAUCCUAUGUUCUAAGAUCUCCAUUGAACAGCACUGAUUUCCUUUUAUUAGCAAUCUUUGCCUCUGUUCUAAAAUGGAGGCAGUAGGGAGCAAAACUAUUCUUCUCAAGCAUCCUUUACACCAUACAUUACUUCUGGUAUGGUUUAUUAACCACACACACAAAAGAGUGAAAAACUGUGUUGGGGGGAGACACUACUUAUCUUCCUCAUAAAGCCUUUUCUGUGGGAUAUUAAGGCCCUGGUGUCUUACAGAAACCAUGUAUGUUGCAGAAGCAUUUCACCCCUGAAGUCUCUAAACUCUGAGCCUGAAAGGAUUUGUAUUUAAUACACAUACAUUGUUUAGUUCAUUCUGCCUCUCCUAUUUGUUCCAGUGUUUGCUUGGUUUUAGUUUGGAGGGGAACUUAAGUACAUAAAUCCUUAUCUGUCCCCAUCCCCUAGCCUCAUGAGUUGAGAGUCUUAAGUACCUGAGAUCUCGAAGCUAUCCAGAACUGAACUAGACUCCCCUACCUUAGACUGGUACCCGCAAACACAGGACUGAAGCUUAAUUGGGAAUUUGGCUUUAUGGAGAAAAGAAUCUUUUUCAAAGUUUGUGUCAGAAGGGGAGGGUGAGGUCUGCACAUUGCCUCUGCAGGAAGGCUCCAGCUUCAUCUAGGAAGUAGAUUCCAGCUGCACGAUGAGGAACACGUUAGCUUUUGGGAUCAAAUCAGGAAUAUGAAUCUGUAAUUAUUAAGCUCAUUGCCAACCCAUAGGAUAAUUGAUGUUUCUGAAAACCUGUCGUUUCUUAAUCUAAGUCCAUCCCCUUCAUUAACUCUACAGUUGUGAUUCACACUGAUCCCAAACUUUUGAGUGCUAAAUAUUAACAUUUAGCAUUAACUGUCUUGUCAAGCAAAAGGCCUUCUCUACAACCUAGUCCAUCUCACUUCUGGUGCUACCUGAGUUGGACGGAAUUCUAGCUCACGGUUGCUAGGAAAGCUAGGCCUCUGAUCACAGAAGCAGACAGCUUCAGCCCCAGUCUAGGCCUAGAUAAAUGACUCUUCUCACCACAACUCUUACUAUUUUCCAAUUUCCUUUCUCACAUACUGUACACAGGUAGUAUUUUCAAUGUGAAUCCAAAGCUUGUCUGGUUCUCUGAAAAUAAUUUUCUCCCCUUUAGGUUCUUUACAUUGUGAUAAUGCUGUAUUUAAAGAGAAUAUUUAAAUGUAAUAUUAAAGAAAUAUUCAAAAGAA